AUUAGAUUCGCUGGAUGUCUAUCUCCUCAGAUACCCAAUGUCCCUUGUACCGAAAUCUAUCUACCAAGGAAAAAGUAAUAUUUUCUCGAUCAAAGUUAUAACAAUCAUCAAAAAGUUUCAAAAUCAUUUUAAUAACUCCAGUCUUUGGAAUCUGUAAAUUAUUAGUACUGAUUACAGGCUUAUAAGCAUCUUUUCGCCCAAAUUUUCGUCCAUUGGAAUCUCUCUUUCUUCGACGUCAAAAAGGCUACCAACUUUCUCUUUAAUCACCACUUUAUCCUUUUUGUUUUUGUUUCUCUUCUUUGUUUCCCUUCCUGGUUUCCUCUCUCUUUCUCUUUCAAGAACUGAACUCUGCCAUUAAUGAACCCCCUGAUUUCUUCCUCCUCCUGAGUCCUGUCUAUAUCAUCUUCUGCUGGAAGCAUCAUAAAUGAAGUCAAUUGUUAUCAAAUCGAAGAGAUAUAAUUUUGUAAGUUAAAGAAAAUAGUCGAUGGGAGGGAAGACUUCGAGAGAGGAGAGUUACUUUCAACAGCAUCCGUCGUUUAGUACGAGUUCUGGUACUUGGGAACAACGCUAUCCAUCUCAAAGCAAUUACGGAGGUACACCACAGCCACAUCAUGGAUAUGCUCCACAACAACCUGCAUAUCAACCACCCCAAACAGCGUAUGCAUAUCCUCCAGCAGCUCAGAGUCAACCACCGCAACCAGCAUAUACAUAUCCUCCGGAGGCUCAGAGUCAACCUGGAAAUAGGAAGUUGGAUCGGAGGUAUUCGAGGAUAGCUGAUAAUUAUAAUUCACUGGAUGAGGUCACCGAGGCUCUUGCACGGGCUGGCCUCGAGUCAUCAAAUUUAAUUCUCGGUAUCGAUUUCACAAAGAGCAACGAGUGGACAGGUAAAAUUUCAUUCAACCGACGAAGUUUGCAUCACAUCGGAGAUGUUAAGAAUCCGUACGAACAAGCAAUCUCAAUUAUUGGAAGAACAUUGCCUGCUUUUGAUGAGGAUAAUUUGAUACCCUGUUUUGGAUUUGGAGACGCAUUAACACAUGAUCAGGAUGUGUUCAGUUUCUAUCCAGAAGAAAGACUCUGCAAUGGGUUUGAGGAAGCAUUAUCACGAUAUCGGGAAUUACUCCCACAAAUACGUUUGGCAGGACCGACGUCAUUUGCCCCUGUUAUCGAAAUGGCUAUGACUAUUGUCGAGCAAAGUGGGGGUCAGUACCAUGUUUUGGUGAUAAUUGCUGAUGGGCAGGUAACUAGAAGUGUUGACACUGCGCAUGGGCAGCUAAGUCAGCAGGAGCAAAGGACUGUUGAAGCAAUUGUAAAAGCGAGCGAGUACCCACUAUCAAUUAUUUUAGUUGGGGUUGGAGAUGGUCCUUGGGAUAUGAUGAAGGAAUUCGAUGAUAAUAUUCCUGCUCGGGCUUUCGAUAAUUUUCAAUUUGUGAACUUUACAGAGAUUAUGUCUAAGAACAUGGCUGAAUCUAGAAAAGAGACAGAGUUUGCGCUCACAGCUUUGAUGGAGAUACCUACUCAAUACAAAGCAACAAUGGAACUUAAUAUAUUGGGUCGUCGGGCAGGGGUCUCCCCCAAGGAGCUCUUCCGCCACCUGUCUACAGUUCACACCUUCGCACAUGAGCAAAGUGCACCCCCAUAUCCAGACCGCAAAUGUCUAUGGGCACAACAGCGCCACCUGAAAGUCUUCCUUGAUCAUCAGGUUUGCCCUAUUUGCCUUAGCAACCCUAAGGAUAUGGCGUUCGGCUGUGGACAUCAGACAUGUUGUGAAUGUGGGCAAGAUUUGCAAUUAUGUCCAAUUUGUCGAGCUUCUAUACAAACCAGAAUAAAGCUUUACUGAAACUCUUGUUGAUGAUACUCCUUCUUCGGGUACUUGCCCACAGCCUUCUCUAAUCAGUACAAGAUUCUUUUGUAAUUCUGUUACCUUGGUGUUGUUAGGGUUGGAAUAUUAUGUCCUGGAUGAUCCAGAUGUAUCUAGGUGUUAACUAUGUGUUGCCUUGUGAAUAUUUCAGUUCUUGGAGUUCUUAAAUCCUUUUUGUUUAUCAUCAACAUAACUUGUACAUUCUGGUCUUCUUCCUAGAGUGAUUUUUUUUUUGGUUGCUCCGCCUGUAAUCUCAGUUUGGCCAUCGUUUUGGCAUGCUUAAAAAAACCGUACUUUAGACAGAAAAUGAAGGAGUUGAUUUCCUUUUGUAUACUGAAUUACUGAUUAUGCAAGGUUUUUGGAAUUUUUAUAUA